AUGGAAGGAAGUAUGAAAGGAAUGCAGUUUUUGUACGGCUCUGCCGUCCGGUGGCGUGGAACGUUACCCAUCGCUAGGAUUCUGGCCACACUGUUGCUCCUCGCGAUGGUUCUACUAGACAAUGUUGCAAGUCAAAAACCGGAAGAUGGCCCAUACCGGGGGAAGUACAUUGGCAAGUUUAACUCCUACCAUCAUCAAGCGUCGGGAGACGUAUAUGCCGUGGACGAGUACACCUUCCUACUAACCGGCUUCAACUACGACGGUAACGGUGUCGACACAUUCUUCUGGUCCGGUGCAAGCAACCGUCCCGGACCGCAAGGAUUCAUCGUACCCGACGAGUAUGGGAAGACAAACAUCCUAGAACGGUACUUCAACAAAGAUUUCACCCUGCGCCUGCCGGACAACAAGAAGAUUACGGAAGUGAAAUGGUUGGCCGUGUACGAUCUAAACUCGCAGAACAACUUUGCCGACGUGUACAUUCCGGAAGACUUUGAACCGCCCGUGCCGCAAAAGGCGGGCAGCCUUACCGCCAUCGCCGGUGGGCCAAUGGUGUCGAGCGAUACGAUCGACAUACUCGACUCGAAAACGAUACGCAUCACCGACUUCACCUACGAUGGAAAGGCGGGCGAUCAAGCGGAAGUACAUUUCUGGGUUGGCGUUGGUCCAUCCCCAUCGUCCAAAGGUAGCAAAGUGCCGGACGAGAUGGGCUACCUGGACCCGAUACGGGCGUACGAUCGCGAAACGAUCACGCUGGAGCUGCCGGGUGAUAUGACAAUCUUCGACAUCGAUUGGUUCAGCGUGUACGAUGUAGGUUCGCGUCGAGAUUACGGAUCGAUCCUGAUUUCGGACGAUCUGAACGUUCCACCAUCGUUGGUGCGCGUUACACCGCACACCGAAUCGCUGCCAAACUGUCGCCAACUCCACAAAGAUUAUCGCGUUUCGUGGGAAGUGUUCGGACCACAAAUUACGAUUCAACUCGCCGGCAAUGUGCAGCAGGAUGAGUACAUGUCGUUUGGGCUGUCCGGUUCGGAGCAGCGUAGUCAAAUGCUGGGAGCGGAUGUUGUCGUUGCAUUCAUCGAUGGUCAUCGUGGAUAUGCGGUGGACUAUAACAUCACCUCGCUUGCACCGUGUGUGCAAGUGCUGGGUCAAAACAAGGGCGUUUGUCGGGAUGAUGUGGUGGGCGGACUGGACAGCUAUCAGCUGCACACGUUCAGUCGGGAGAAUGACAUCAACACAAUAACCUUCCGGCGUACGCUCAUUUCGUCCGAUUCCGGCGACAAGGAGUUUCUGCUAGAUCGGCCGAUGUACGUAAUUUGGGCGAUGGGUCGCCUUGACUCUAACAACGAGCCCACCUACCAUGACAUCUACCCAAAGCGAAAUGUGCAAAUCCACUUCAACACUUCCGAGCCGGUUAACGAUUGCUUCAGCUUUACUAGCCGCGAAGCUAACCUGAAAGAUGUUUGGGAACGGCAGCAAAUUUUCGACCGGUCCGUCCGUUCGUUCACCGCCACGCUCGGUCCUGCUGGCGGCAAGCGAGGUUACCAAGGCAUUACUGGACACGUUUCCAACGGACUUGCAUGGUACAUCAAUGGAUUCCUCGUGCCGGAACUGUGGUUGCGGCGUGGCCUCACCUACUCGUUUCUGGUACGCGGUGGCAACAAUCCACACUCACCCGAGUUCUACCAUCCGCUAGUAAUAACGGACGAACCGCACGGUGGUUUCGACAGACUUUCCGAUGCACGGCAGAGCGAAAUUCGUGUCCUCGCGGGUGUGGAGUUUACGCGCCGUGGACGCCCGAAACCGAUCGCUGCCGGUCCACUUUGCUUGGCGCGCCAUCCGGAGGGACAAGAUCGACGAUUGGAUGAUAAUUUUGCGACGUUUAAAAAGUUUAACCGUACGCUUAAGUGGAGCUGUGAUUCAGGCGAUCCGGCUGUGUUGGAGAUUACACCGAACACGAGCUGGCCGGACGUGGUAUACUACAACAGCUUCACCCAUGCGAAUAUGGGCUGGAAGAUACAUAUCGUCGAUAGUUACAGCCAGUCGGCGCGUAAUCACGGCACAAUGUACAGUUUUAAUCAUUCGAUUCGGUUACUGCUCUUUACGAGUAUUCUCGUAGUGUGGGCAAGGUUGCAAAAAUAAAAUUAAAAAAAAACUUUUCUCUCACA